AUGGAUGAGUCUAUCGAGUCAGAGACCGUCUACCCCCCUCCAGUUCGGGCCUCUUCGCCUUCCCCUUCUAUCUCACCAACACCGGCCGUCUCCUCGUGCCCUUCUCCGGACCGUACCUUUUCCACCGUCUCCUCGCUGUCGGCCUCGUCCGCGACAUCCGCUGAUGCCAGGUCAUCCGUGUCCAUCUCGACCAAGCGGCGAGGCUAUAUCCGCCCACAAGGCGCCGAGUUCGCCGAGUCGGCUAGACAUCGCGAUAGUGUUAUGAGCUUGGGAAGCAUUGCCCAUUUGCAGUACUAUUUCGCCAGAACUGGUCUGCUAGACGGCAAAGGCGGGCACGCACGCGAGUACAAGAAGAAGAAAACGAACCAAGACGAGGUUCCCCGGCUGCUGCUGACACCAAACGCUCGGUUCAUCGACGACCUGACUCAGAGCCCAACGACAGAUGGAGAAGAAGAAUAUUUGGAUCCGACCGAGGAUGGUUUUGAUGACAAUGAUGAGGUCAUGCUUCCGCCGACCGUCAGCACUUACAGUAUCAAAACGCACUAUAUUCCGCCCCCACCAGACCUUAAGGCGCUGCGAAAGGAUCUGCUAAGCGCCGUUGACAAGGCUGAGAGGGAUAUAGAGCAGAUCGGCUCCUUGACGGAGGCCCCUCCAGACAUGAAACCGCCCCGGAUUAGUCUGUCGCCGGAUGACGUCCCUGACGCGGAAGAUGAUCCAGUGCGUCGAGCAUUCGCGCCCCCAACGCCGCAGAGUUGGCCCGAAAUUCAGGGCUUACGGAUCUUGGAUGUCGUCACGCUGGCGAUACGGGCAGCCAAAAUAUACUAUACCGCCCAUGAAAGCCCAGAGAGGUUGGCGUCGAUCAAGCACGAACGUGAAAUUCGACAGGAACUUUUCAACGUUUUGGAAGUCCUGAAACGAUGGGCGGGUAGGAAUUUCGUUUGUGGCCUGCGCGAGGAAGAGCGAACAGCCAUUAUGGGUUGGAUGUCCGACGUGCGUGCAAUGGUGGCCAAAGAAGUCGUCCUGGAAGAGGAGGAAGCAAAGGAACGGGAAAGUUGGGUUUGGACCAAGGGCGACUGGACAGGUAGAGAACGGGAACGAGAGGAAUGCUUUCUGCGCAGCUUGUUGAACACGGAUACGCCACUCCCGACCUGGACAUCUACCGAGGAUGCUUCACUUCCCACACCAUUGUUGGAACGGCUUAGAGACGGCCGAGAGCUUGUGCAAAUCCACAACCAGGCCGUGAGAAAAUCCAAGCGGCCUUUCUGUGAGAUCAAGGCCUUCCAUGAAGAUGUGGCCAAGCCAUACCGAUGUGCAGAGAACCUGCGGUAUUGGAUCAAGGCUGCAGAAAUCCGGUGGGAAACCAAGCUGGAAAUGGAUGUAAUGGGCGUGGUGCAGGGCAACAGCGACGAGGCUUGGAAGAAGUUCGACACUGCCCUGCUCGCCUGGUGUCAGACCGUCCGGGAAGAACUGAUGCGAGACUGGCAAGAGGAACCCAAGCCAACAAUGACAGCGACAAUGACAGCCGAAUACCCUUCAAGCGACGGGUUGGUGGCCUACUCCGCAUGA